UGAUUCUUUGCGCCACGCACGUUAGACGCCAGAGAGACACCAGAGUUUAUAGGUCACAGAGCGACACCGGUUAGUGGAUGACAGCGUGAGUCAAUGAAGUUCCUCACAUGGCUGUCCGGCUACUGAAGGUAUCAUCUAUUGCCACAGCAGUGUUCGCAUCAUCAUCAGGAUUUUACCUGUACAGCAGAAAUGUGGACUUCAAUGAUCUCAGCGUCGUCAGAUUUGGGAGGGCAGCUGCAACGACAGCUGUCAUCAGUUAUGACUACCUCACCACUCUCAGAGAUGUACAGUAUGGGACAGAGGAGUACUGGGCUGUCAAAUCAAAGGUUCACAGGCGUUCGGCGGAGAGGCUCCGUGACUUGUGUUGUAUGAACAGAGGCACCUUCAUUAAAGUAGGGCAGCACCUGGGAGCCCUGGACUACCUCCUGCCUGAGGAGUACACCAGCACACUGAAGGUCCUGCACAGCAGAGCACCUCAGAGCAGUAUGGAGGAGAUCAGCCAGGUCAUACGAGAAGAUCUGGGAAAAGAGCUCAGCGAUCUUUUCAUCCAGUUUGACGAGAAACCUCACGGGGCCGCCUCCCUCGCUCAGGUCCACAAAGCAGUACUUCCAGACGGGAGGACGGUGGCAGUGAAAGUACAACAUCCCAAGGUCCAGCGGCAAAGCUCCAAGGACAUUGUUGUGAUGGAGUUUCUCCUUCAGGUUGUCCACUGGUUGUUUCCAGACUUUGCUUUUAUGUGGCUGGUGGAAGAGGCCAAGAAGAACAUGCCUCUGGAGCUGGACUUCCUCAAUGAGGGACGAAACGCUGAGAAAGUAGCAGACAUGCUCAGGCAGUUCAACUUUUUGAAGAUCCCAAAGAUUCACUGGGAUCUUUCCACCAAGCGCAUUCUAACCAUGGACUUUGCGGAGGGCGGUCAGGUCAAUGACCGAGAAUACAUGAGGAAGUACGGCAUCAAUGUCAAUGAGAUCUCCCAAAACCUUGGCAAGAUAUACAGUGAGAUGAUAUUCGUCAACGGAUUCGUGCAUUGCGAUCCUCACCCUGGCAACGUGCUUGUGCGAAAGUGUCCUGAAAGCAAUAAGACGGAAAUUGUGUUACUCGAUCACGGCCUGUAUCAGGUGCUGAACCAGGACUUCAGGCUGGAUUACUGCAGGCUGUGGCAGAGUUUGAUAAAGGGAGACUUGAAAGGCAUAGAGCGUUACAGUAGACGUCUGGGCACAGGGGAUCUCUACCCGCUGUUCGCUUGUGUCCUCACCGCCCGCUCAUGGACAUCAGUUAACGCUGGCAUCAGCCAGACGCCUGUCACUCAAUCUGAGGAUGUGGAGAUCCGAACAAAUGCAGCGCUGUACCUCCCUCAGAUCAGUGAGCUGCUGAACAGGGUUCCCCGACAGAUGCUGCUGCUUCUGAAAACCAAUGACCUGCUGAGAGGCAUCGAGACCAUCCUGCAGACCAGAGCCAGUUCCAGCUCCUUUAUCAAUAUGUCCCGCUGCUGUACCCGUGCCAUUGCCAGGCACAAGAGGAGUAAAACCAAGUCUCGGACCAGGCGGCUGCGGAUCUCGCUGUCUGAGCGUUGGUCUCUGUGCCAGAUAGACCUGUAUGAACUUGUGUUGUGGCUCCGCAGCUCCAUGCUGGCCAGAUGGGUCUGCUACCUCAUCAGCUGCCUGCCGUACCCAAACUGAGAGGCUUGAACCAGGCCAUAACACCCUCUGCACUGAACUCCGCACACAAGUGCAUUAUGGGUUGAUCGUGGACUGUUUUUAAUGAAAGCUGUAAGUAAAGCAAACAAAUGAAAGUAAAAUAAUCUGUUUUUAAAGGUCACUGAAAGGUCACUGAUCACACGAAUAAUCGCGGUCAUGUGAUCAGUGCAGUAUGUGGUAGAGCAAAUGCUUUGUGCAUGCAAAUUAUAUUUUUCACAGUACUGUAAGUUAGUUUGUGUCAUGCAAUAUCUCAAACUUGUUAAAAUCGCUUCUGGAUUCAGCAUUGAACUGCAAUGUGAAAGUCGUGUCUCCGCAGAAUUUCAUGUAAUCUUCUAUUUUACAUUCCUUCAGAUUUCCUUUUCCCAUGUGGUUGCCAACAUAAUGUCAAACAUUUUAAUAUAACAGUUGUGACAUAUUUUUUAUUUAUUUUUAGUAAACAGUAAUCUGUGGUUUAUUUUUCAUGCUGGAUCAAUAAAUGGGAGCAUUUUUAUUGCUUUA